GCACAAAAUUGUUGUAAAUCCAACGAAAACUUUAAGCAUUGUCAAAUAUUAAGCGCCACGUUAAGCGACAUCGUUAAGCACAGUGUAAACGUAGAGUUUCGAGACCAAUGUUUCAAAAUGUUGAAGACAGACAGUUCGCUCACUGCACAAACAGUUCUUGCAACUAAUUUAUUGUCGAUCGUAUCUUGUGAUAGUCACUAUUAUCCAAAAGGAACGCAGAAACGAUGAAAAGUAAAUUUAUUACUGGCACACCAUAUGUAGAGCAAAGUUGGAAUGCGCUGAUCAACGCUAAUUGCGCGAACGUACCCUUUGAUUGAUCUUAAUGGUUCAUAUUACGUCAUAAUAGUGCAAUUAGUGCAGCUUAUCUACCGUCGUGGAAGUUAGUGCUAGCAUGAUGAAAAAACUACACGAAUGGUUGUUGGUUAUGACUGGGCUUUUCAGUAUAUGGUAUGCUGUACUUACCAGCAACUUUAUGCUUGUCAAGGAAUGGCAAAACGUUGUAUUUGUCCUACCAUUCACUCUCUUGUUCCUCUUUGGUUUGUUCGCAGCUACAGUUGUGAUGUAUAGAGUACUCACCUUUAAUAUUUGUAAAAGUGCAGCUACUGAGCUUCAACAGCAAAUAGAAGAAGCAAAGAAAGAUCUUCGAAGCAAAGGUAUAAUAUUUAAAGAGAUCAAUGUUCCUUCAGCAUCUUAAAGAAAGUUUAUAUAAAUAGCAUAAAAUAAGAAAGAAAGAGCAGAUUCUUUUGUAAUUCAUAUGAGUGUUUAUUACUCUCGCGAGUUUUGUAUGGAUGUAUAUGCAAAUGUACGUCUGCUAUAUGUAAAAAAAUAAUACACAAAUAUCUUCCAAAAUCUAUUAUUGACUAUAAUAAUUUCUCUAUUCAAAUGUAUGAUAAAUAUGAAUCAGAACGUUUCACACAAUUUUUAAAAAACAAUCUCUAAAAUGUAAAUAUUUGCUCAUAUUCUUUUUUUUUAAUAAAUCCAUACUGCUUUAAUAUGACUUAUCAAGUAGAAAUGGUUGGUACUUAUUAGUAAACUGUAAUGUUGAUUUUAGUAAUCUUUAAAGAAUCAAUUAAUUAGUAAAUAAUUACCAUGUACUUCACUCUUUACAAUCUUUUAAGAACUUUAAAAUAAUCUCCAUUUAAUCACAACACAGAUUAUAUAUCAUGAGGUUAGAGAAUCAUGAUCAUGAUUCCAAUAAACCAAUACCUUAAUCUCAAUAACACUGCAAAGAUAGAAUCAGCUUUUAUUGUCAAAAACAGGAUGCUUUAAAGGCAAUGCAAAUGUUAUUUUGAGGUUUUGCUUUCGAACUCCUAAAUUGUUGCUAUUCGGCAUUUUGUGUAUACCAAACUUAUCAUGCUUUAUGUCUGUCACAACUUUAUAAAAAUUACAUGUGUCACUUUCAAAAGGGAAUUCGAAUAUAAAAAGGAAUGACAAAUUAUUUGUAUUGUCUUUUUUUCUACCACGUGUAAGAAUCAUUGAAUCAGUAGUAACGGUACAGUAGUACAACGGGCUCACUUGUAUUUUUGUAAAUCGUAAUUUAUUCAUUUAUGCUAUGUAUUACAAGUGUGUUGAGCACACAACGGAAAGUGUGUUCUUUAACAGCAGUUCAUUUUCUAUUAAUUCUUCUAUAUUAAAAAAAAAAAAAAAAAGAAAAAGAAAUAAAACUCGAGUCAACACAACAAAUGGAUUAGAGUUUUAUGCAUUGAUACUAGAACUCUCCAAAGAAUAAUUCUCUAUAUUUCUUUUGUACUAAAAAAGAGCAAUGAAAAGUGUUCUUGUUAUUGUUUUAAUUAAUAUGUAACUGUAUUAUACAAAUUCAAAGAUUCAGUUUCUUGAUUAUGUAACAUACACAAGUACGUACUUACGUAUGUAUGUAAUUAUCACGUAAAAAACUGGAAUUAAUCUAUAUUAUCUUUUACUUUAUUAUAUAAAAAAUACGAGAGAAUCCAAUAUAUGCACAACAAUUUAUGAUUUAAAUGUCUGUGUUAUUUUAACAUUGCAUAAUAGAUGUAUUGUUUAACUGUUUCAAUUAUUUGUUAUAAUUAAUUUUAUAUAGAGCACUUUAUAGACCAAGAAUUUACUAUUAGCAAGCAUUCAAUAUUCUGACAGAUGUAUUUGAACGACGAUAAUUUGAUAAUUGUAUUGAACAAUCUAUUUAAUGGCGUUAAAUAAACUAUAUGAUAAUUUCA